UGGGGCUCAGCACCUGGUUGAUUUUCCCCUUCCAGUAGACAAAACCGCAGGCAACAAAAAGCUGUCACUUUUCAGUGUUUUUCCCGCUUUUUCGCUGUCCUUUGUAGGCUGUUGAUGCUGUUCUUGCUCUUAUCAGAAGGCUCGGAGUUGCUGAGUUGUUGAGGUAAGCAGAGCCGAUGAACGAGCCCCAGAUCAUCAAAUAUGGCCCUCUGGGACACGAAAUGGUGGCGAUAUACGAGUAUCUGCCUCCGUUCAGCGAGGAGACCAAGAUUGCACCGUUGAUAUUCAUCCACGGCGGAGCAUGGAGAGACCCUACAAACACUUUCAGAGAUGCCGAUGCACUGCACAGGGAGCUCAACAGGGUGAUUACGCUCUGUUCUGUUGAGUAUCGACUCAGUGACCAGGUGAAGGACGGUGGCUUUGCCCAAGACGUGGUGGGCGGUGUUGAGCGGAUCAUCCAGGAGCUGGGGGCCACCAAAGUGUCGCUACUGGGCCAUUCAGUUGGUGCAACGAUCGCCUUACAGUGCUGUAUCAGCCAUGGAAUCGCUGUUGACAAGCUGUACCUGGUGGAGGGGAUUUACGACUUGAAGACUCUCGUGCAGGAGUACCCUGAGUACGAAGGCUUCGUUAGCGAGGCACACGACGAUUACACCAGCACAGUCUUGGACAUAUCCAAAUUGGACAGCAGUAUAGAGGUGCAUGUGAUUCAGAGCUAUGAGGAUGAGCUGCUCAGCCCGACACAGACGAACUGGCUUACAACUCAGUUACAGCAGAAUGGUAUUGAAUACUGUCUAUACAUGGCACACAUGGGGGAGCAUAACCAAGUGUACUUGAAACCAGACAAGUUGACCAGUUACAUCAACAAAACCUAUAUAUAGGGAACAGAGAACUGGCUGUUACGCUCAACCAGUCUUGAAGAUCAAAAAGGCGUAUGGGCCGAUGUAGAAAUAGAGAAAGAAGCCCGAUUCGUGCGUGACAUACGAACCAAAGUUCUUCCCGACAAUGACAUGCCAUGUGUGUCCGUGAGUCUUAUCCAGCUCCUUCUUAAUCUGCCCAGCAACAUCCUUCUCCAAAUCAUUCUCUUCUAGCGCCUUAGCGGCAAUCUCGAGUACUU